GUAUGUUUUUGGGAGUUGAAGAGAGAGAGAGAGGGAGAGAGAGAGAGAAACAGAAGAUUCUGAAAAACCGGAAUAAGAGGCAAAGAGACGAAGAACGUGACAGUCAAUUUCCACACACCACCACCAGCAGUUAAGAAUCACGACCUUCCCUCACCCCUUCAUCUUCCCUCUCCUCUUCUUAUUCUUCUUCAUUCUCUCUUCAGUUUUCGUUUCUUUUCUUUUUCUCUGGUCCGUGCUUGUGUUGGCUUCAUACAUACGUGAAUAUAUAUAUCUUAUUUAGGAGCUGAUUUUUCGAGCUGGGUUUGUGAAUAUAUUUUUUUUUUUUUGAUUUCUUUGGAGCUAAGCAACUCUACCUUCUUGAUCUGACUAAUCUUCUCUUUAAUUCUCUUUCUAAGCGUUUUUUCCAGUCUUGUUUUUCUGUUAUUUUUUAGUAUUCGAUCAAAAUCUCAGUCUUUUGGGUUGUCCUUUUAGGUCUCAAAUACCUACCCAUCUCGCUCACUUGUUCAAUCUGAGCCAUCACUGUCAUUCACACAAAUACCCACAUACAUACACAACUUCAGCUGGGUUUCUUGUUCUUGGCGUUUCUUUCUUCUACGACAACAAUGGAAUAUGAUCAAGAAAAUCAAUCUCAUCCUCCGAUACCAAAACCCAGUUCCGGCGAAGGAAAGCUCUGUAUAAAGCUCAAAAUUCCGAGCUUUGAAGAAGGCGUUGUUGUUGUUGAUCAUGAUCAGACUGGGCGAUCUCAGAAAAACGAUCAGCCUCGUGUAUGCAACGUGUGUAACAAAUGGUUUAGCUCUGGAAAAGCUCUUGGGGGUCACAUGAGAGUUCAUGUUCAACCCAACAAAGAGCUCUCUGUCAAAAAGCUCAAACCCAAGAAAAUUCAUCGCCAAGAGCUCCUUGAUCUUCCGGAGAAGACAGACACAGACAAUGCUAUCGAUUCACCGACUUGUUCGCUUUGUGGGAAAAAUUUUCCUUCUAUGAAAUCGUUGUUUGGGCACAUGAGGUGUCAUCCGGAGAGAGAAUGGAGGGGAAUUCAACCUCCUCCUCCUCCGGCGGCCGCCAAGAACAGCUCAUCGUCGUCUUCUCUAUCCAAUUUCGCCACCACCUCCGAGCCUCGAAAAGUCUUUGAUGAUGAGAUUGAUUUAGAUGGAGCUAUGGCGAUUCCAAUCCGAGAAAUUGAUUUGACUAAGGCUUUGCCGGGUUGGUCGGUGAAAGCGAGGAGAGGCCGGAGAUCCCUCACCGCCUCCGCCGUGGUCCGCCCCACCCUGGAGGAGGAGGAGGAGGAGGAGAAGUUACAAGACGCUGUUCAAGAUCUCAUGAUGCUAGCUCAUGGAGAUUCAUUGGAUUCUGAACCUUCUGGGUUAACCCAUAACAAGCAUAGAGUUGAUGUAUCUGAGGCUACGAACAGUAAUUCGUUGACAAACAAGGCUGAAAUUGAGGACAUGAAUUGCGUUCUUGAAUCGAAAAACAGCCCGAUGAAGCCAAGAAUUGAUUCGCCGCGGCCGGUGGUUCGAUACCCGGUGAAGAAGCUGAGAAUCGAUGAAAGAAGACCCAUUGAUGGUGGUUCGAAUUCGAAUGGUAUGUUAGUGAAGAUUUUGAACAAAGGGAAACGAAAGGCUGUGUUUGAAGCUAAGUAUGAUCCAGGAAAAACAGUGGGGUUGGGACAUGAAUGGGUUAAUGUGGAUUGGCUCGGACAAGAAGACGAUGAAUCGGAUUGCAAAACCUCCGAUGGGAAUACGAAGCCAUUGAUGAUGAUGAAGAGCAAGAAGAGGAGGAAGAAGCUGAAGCUGAGGGAUUUGGAAUCGGUACAAGAUGCCGCUCCGGCCGAUCAAGUUAGUAUUCCGAUCGAGACAGCGACUCCGCCACCACCGCCUCCGCCAUCGGAUAAAUACAAAUGCAGCACUUGUGAUAAGUGCUUCCCAACCCACCAAGCAUUGGGAGGACAUAGGUCUAGUCACAACAAAGUCAAGAACAGUCUCACCAUUGAUGAACCUUUAGAUGAUCAGUAUCAGUACCCUCCUGAUGCUACCAAUCCGAUAGGCCAAGUCGAUGAAACGAAGGUGGAGGAAGGUGGUGGAAGCUCAUCAAAGGUGGCGGUUGCGGUGGCGGAGAUCCCCAACCACCAGUGCAAGAUUUGCGGGAAGAUUUUUUCUACAGGCCAGGCUCUUGGGGGUCACCAAAGGUGCCACUGGUACGGGACCACCAGUCCAGCUGAAGCUCCUCAACCAUGCCAAGCAACCUCGCCGGGGGAGGCAAGCGAGACGGGUCGGAAAUUUCUAGGGUUUGAUCUCAAUGAGCUCCCUUCCAUAGAAGAUGAAGAAGAUGGUGUUGAGUUUGGAGGACAGGCAGGUGGAUAUGACUAUGCAUCUUCCUCACACAAUUCAGCUGAGCAUGGUUUUUAAGUAACCGUACCAAUAAAGUUAGUAAAUAUCAAUAUCAGAAGUUCAAAAUUCCGAUAUUGACUGCAGCUUGUGGAAAUUAAGCUUGAAGUUACUGGUGAGUAACUCAAAUUUUUGGCUUGUGGGUAGUUUUAGUGCAAGUGUGGAAACAGAUAAGAUACAGUAUGAUUGAGGAACCAUCUUGGUUCUUUCUUGUUCUCUAAUGGGGGGACUUUAGGGUCUUUUUGUCAUUUUGUGCUUAUUUUUCUUCAUGGAAAGCAUGAUGGACCAACAAGCUUGCUGUGAAGGAAAGCUCCAAAAGGGCUUUUGUUGGUUUCUUUGGUAGGAUUUGAUGAUGUAAAGAAGCUGCACAUACAAUAUGGUUCUUUUUA